AUGGCCACUUCAUAUAAUGCAUUCCUAGUGAAUUGCUCCAUUCAGGAAAGACCCUCUCAUGUUUCAGACAAUUCUCGACCUAACAACCUUCCACCCUUCCAUGCCUUAAAGCCAAUCAAGAAAGUUCUGGCUAUAGUCCCUUGGCAAAUUGAUGUUCCCAAAGCUAUGACAAAUACUGCAGCUAAAUUACUUGACGCUUUUGUUGAUUCCUUCUUUGAAUUCAUUGACCAACCAUUGCUUCCAUCUCAGAGUAACUUUGCUCCAGCGGAGGAAUUGGGGGAAGCCAUACUUGUGAGCAGCAUUCAAGGACAAAUUCCAUAUAAUUUUCCAGAAGGUGUCUACGUUAGAAACGGACCAAAUCCACUUUUUGGAGGACUGAAAUCAACAAAUUCCAUGUUUGGGAGGUCAAGACACAUUUGGGUGGAAGGAGAGGGAAUGAUUCAUGCAUUGUAUUUUGAAAAAUCAAGUAAUGGGAAUUGGACAGUUCUCUACAACAAGAAGCACGUUGAAACCGAAACAUAUAAACUUGAGAAACAACGAAGCAAACCAUCGUUUCUACCGGCCAUAGAAGGCGAUUCACUGGCCAUUUUGUCUGCUUAUCUGCUAAACUGGUUGAGAUUUGGCAAAGUAAACAAGUACAUCAGCAACACAAAUGUCUUUGAGCAUUCAGGGAAGUUUUAUUCGGUUGCUGAAAAUCACAUCCCUCAAGAGAUUGAUAUCUUUACCCUGAAAACUUCAAAAAAUUGGGAUGUCAACGGAGCCUGGAAUCGACCAUUUACCAGCCAUCCAAAGAAAGCUCCAGGUACAGAAGAGCUAGUUACAUUGGGGGUUGCAGCAACAAAACCUUUUGCCGUUGUUGGAAUUAUUUCUGCUGAUGGAAAGAAAUUGGUUCAUAAAGUUGAUCUCAAAUUAAACAGGUGCAGUCUAUGCCAUGAAAUAGGUGUUACAAAGAGGUACAAUGUGAUAUUGGAUUUUCCACUAACCAUUGAUCUAAACAGACUUCUUAAAGGAGGCUCCUUAAUAAAGUUUAGUAAGGAGGAAUACGCGAGGAUUGGAGUAAUGCCACGCUAUGGUGAUGCCAACUCAAUCAAAUGGUUUGAGGUGGAACCUAAUUGCACUUUUCACAUCAUCAAUUCUUUUGAGGAUGGUCACGAGGUUGUAGUAAGGGGCUGCAGAUCUCUUGAUUCACUAAUUCCUAGACCUGACCCGAGCUUGGAGGAAUUUGAGUGGUUAUCUCGUUGUUAUGAAUGGAGAUUAAAUAUGCAUACAGGAGAAGUUAAGGAGAGAGAUCUAUGUGGAACGAACGUUGUUUAUAUGGAUUUUCCCAUGAUCAAUGGAAACUUGAUAGGUAUUAAAAAUAAAUAUGCAUACACACAAGUAGUUGAUCCCAUUGCAAGCUCUACUCAAGGUGUGCCAAAAUAUGGAGGUUUAGCGAAGCUCUAUUUUGAGGAAUCAUGUGCAGAGUUCUCAAUGCAACCUGUAAGGGUGAAAUGUCAUACAUUUGAGAAGAAUACAUUUUGCAGUGGAGCUGCCUUUGUCCCUAAAGAUGGGGGUGUUGAAGAAGAUGAUGGUUGGAUCAUAACUUUUGUUCACAAUGAAGAUACUAGCACAUCUGAAGUUCAUAUAAUCGACACAAAGAAGUUUUCUGAUGAGACGGUUGCCAAAAUUACAAUGCCUCGCAGAGUGCCAUAUGGGUUUCAUGGAGCUUUCAUGCCAAUCUCAUUUCAGUCACAGUAG